GGGCAAAGGUGAGCGGACGUUCUUAGGAGCCCUUCUGCUCUUCGUCUCGUCUCCUCUCCCCCCUAGGUGGUGGUGGGAGCGCGCAGAGGAGGGAGAAACAACACAGGCCCAGGGUAGCCAUCCUUCCCCUCUACUGGACUGAGUGUUGUUCUGGGUUAUACCACGUCAAGUGAUAGAAGAGAGCAUCUGUCUUCAGGAUAAGGUGAAAGACCAUUAUCCCUGAAAAUGGAGGACAAAGCAAGCGUAGAUCUUCCAAAAGCCACCAGAGAAACCAUCCUUAAAAAUGAGGUAAUUGCAGAAGGAAAAUGGGUAAAGCUUGAAGAGACAACGUAUGUUGACCGCUUGGGUAAAACCAGAAUUUGGGAAUGCAUAAAGCGUACCACCAGGAAAGAGGGCAUGUCCGCUGAUGGUGUUGCAGUUAUAGCUGUAUUGCAGAGAACUCUCCACUAUGACUGCAUCGUGUUAGUAAAACAGUUCAGGCCUCCGAUGGGAGGCUAUUGCUUGGAGUUCCCUGCAGGCCUUAUUGAUGAAAAUGAAAGUCCAGAAAGUGCUGCCCUGCGGGAGUUGGAGGAGGAAACAGGAUUCAAAGGGGAGGUCACUGAAUGUUCUCCAGUUCUUUGUUUGGACCCCGGUUUGACAAACUGCACGACGUACCUUGUGAAUGUGGCCAUUAAUGGAGAUGACUGUCAGAAUGUAAGGCCCAAGCAAAAGCCUGAGGAGGGAGAAUUUGUGGAAGUGGUCUCACUACCAAAAAAUGAUCUACUGCAAAGAAUUGAAGAGCUAAAAGCAGAAGAGCACAUUGUAGUGGAUGCCAGACUUUAUAGCUAUGCCUUGGCACUGAAACAUGCAACAGAAAAGCCUUUAGAAGUGCCUUUUAUGAAGUUCUAAUGCUGUGUGGUACAAGACCUCCUUGAAAACUUGGAUGGGAUUCAAGUGAUCAGGGUAGAUUUAGAAGCAGUACUUCAUACUAGAAAAGUUCUAUAGACCUAUAUACAGACACACAACUAUAUUUCAGGCUAUAGUUUCUACAAAUACUUUUAUCUAGAGUUAGACACUAAAGAAGUCAGUUGUUACAUAACACAUGAACUCUGGUCAAUGGAAUCUUGUUGUUUCUAGAAUUAAAAAAAAAAAAUCAUGUCUCAA